CAGGAAUCUGAAUUUAUUCAACGCCAUCGACAACCCCAGCAUCCCGAUUUUCUUCAUGUUCUCCUACUGGCUCUGCUACUUCAACAGUGCUAUGAAUCCACUGAUCUACAACUUUAUGAGUGCCAAGUUCAAGAAAGAGUUCCGCAAUGUGUUCCACUGCCGGAGCCGAGAGAACAUCCCUCUCCACUACGAGAGUACGUGGUUCCACAGCUCUCGGAUACGCCACAACGCCAGUAACCAGACCUCGUCUCGCAUGCUGAGGGUACACGACUCCACUUACCCGGCACUUCGCCAGAACAAGAACCACCGUGCUAUAGAUGAGGAUCGGGUGGCCAAUGGCGAGUCGGUGUGAAUAUGAGGAAGAGGAAGAGGUAUUGGUACCUGGGCGAUGAUCAACCUGCAAGUCAUUUGUCGUGUUUGAGCAAAGAGGAGUAGGAGCGCUCCUACAUGAUAACGGUCAUCUCGUGCAAGGAAAAUAGAACGAUAAAUAAUAGCAACAAAGGGGAGAAAGGAAGUAGGACCUACCAGUUGCACCCUCCAACUACCCUGCACCUAUUGUAUGCUCAUUCAAAGGAGAUAUUUAAAUAUUACUAGUUUCCAUCGUCUAUGGUCAAAUACCUCCCCCCCCCCCAAUCCAACCCUCACCAAACCCUUUUCCUUCUUAUACACAUACAUAAUAUGGAACGCGCAUUCACAUAGACGCGCUCGCACUCUCUCAUAUGUAUGAUAUACGAUACAAACAUACUAACACAUACACAUGUAUUACGCUACCCAUGAAUAACAUGUGCUAAGUUCUAUCCGCUCAGUACCUAGGUUUGAUAAAUUAUUUGGCGCAUAAAAUUUUGAGUAUCACAACAAGUCAAGCAUUUUCGAAUUCAGUUCUUUGGAUAUCUUGAUAACUACUCCGAAGAAUGUUACAAUUUUUUGGGAACAUAGAAAGCACUUGAUUUUGGUUUCUGACCUCACGGUCAUAGUAACUCAAAACGGCCACAGAUGACAGAUAGAACUUUGUAAGUAAGGUAGCGGACGGAUAGAACUUUGUAAUUCUAAGGUAGCGGAUACAUGUGCAUGUACGUUCACACUCACUCCUGCUUCUACAUUAUGACGUUCUUCAGGUCAGAAUAGGACAACAUCUUUCACGUGGUGCAGCUGUUAGACAUUUCGCCAUCGCACGUAGAAGACCUGAGUUCCCGGUGGGGAAAUGUUUUUAUUGAGUAUCUUGGUCUCUCUGCUGGGACAUUCUAUCUCUCUCAGCCCGGCAAAACAGGACAGGCCCCGUCGAAAGUGGAAGCCCGUCAUAAUAAUACUGUUGGUCUACAUUGUGCGGAAGGGGACGUAAAACUCCCAACUCUUUACGCACAAAAAAAAACUAGAAUAGAUCAGUGACAGAUCUAGCAUACCAUGUACUAAGUAGGCUACGUGUACAAUAAGGUAAGAAGAGUAGCGGAUUGUUGCAACAGCGGCAAAAACAAUUAGAAAAGCAACGACAAUGGCUGCGACGGCAACAGCCACAAACAGAAGAAACAACAAGAACAAC